GAGCGCAGCAUGAGCGCUCCGCAGCAAAAGGAUGUGUGAGCAGGCAGCGCGCUACUGUAGGGACGGAGUCCACAAACUGCUCAACAAAGAACAAGCCAAACUUCGAGCCCAAGAAAGCCACGAGCAGCCGAAACCCGUAGCCGGUCAGGACAGCGAGUCCGCGACGGCAGCGCAGUCCGGAAACAGCGGAGCCCAGCCCGGUGGAAUCGACGGGCUCGUCCGCUGGAUCGUCACCAAAAUGAGCGACAACAAGAACAUCUCCAGCCGGGAGUACGCUUCCAGCAAGGAGGAGGUGGCCGUGGCUCAGGAGCAGUUCUUCGCCCCGGAACCACGGAGAGGCAUCUCCGUUAUUUUAGAUAUAUUCAGAAGAGCUGACAAAGAUGAUGAUGGUAAGCUGUCUCUGGAUGAGUUUCAGGCUUUCUUCUCUGAUGGCACAUUGAACGAGGAAGAGCUGGAGAAGCUGUUUCACAGCAUCGACUCUGACAAUACCAGUAAUGUUGACACUAAGGAACUCUGUGACUACUUUGCCAAGCACAUGGGGGACUAUGAGGGAGUUCUGGCCUCGUUGGAAACACUCAACCUUUCCAUUCUCAAAGCCAUGGACUUCACCAAAAAGGUUUAUGAGAGAGGAACCAACGUGGAGCAGUUUGUGACCCGUUUCCUGCUGAAGGAGUCAGCCAAUCAGAUCCAGUCUCUACUGAGCUCUGUGGAGAGUGCCGUGGACGCUAUUGACGAGCAGCACAGUAUCCAAUCAGGUCAUCUACCUGCCAAGGUGAGUCCACGGAUGUCAGAGAGGCGCAACGAAAACACCGUCCCUGACUAUCCCCCGAACAACAGAGUCAGUGCCAAGGAGGCUGUCAGGACCGUCAACACUGCUUCAGGUGCUGUAGAAGUGAGGAAAGAAGGUCUGGACUCUCAGAUCAACCGCCUGGCUGAACUAAUCGGACGACUGGAGAAUAAAACAGUCUGGUUUGAUCUGCACCAGAGGCUAACAGACACAGAUGGCACUACCAGCGCAUCCUUGCUGUUGAUUCGUCAGGAGAUGGUGGUUUCCCAGAAGAAGCUCGGCGACUUUUGCGAGGCUCUGAAGCAGUACCUGAAGAAUGUCUCCACUCAGAGAGACUGCUUUCAUGUGACUGCGGUGCGUCUGCCGGACGGUUUAUCCUUUGUCGUCUACGAGUUCUGGGAUGGGGAAGAAGAGUGGAAGAGGCACCUCCAGUCGGCCCCCAACAAAGCCUUUCAGCAUGUGAAGGUGGAUACACUGUGCCAGCCGGAGGCCUUGUCCUCUGUAGCCGUGCCAGCCGCCUGGUGCAGUGUGAACAGGGACUGAGCAUGAAGAUAUUCAACUACACGCCACGACUCCUGGACACUCCCCAUCUCCUCUUAAACUCCCCCUCCAACCUUAGAACCCCCCCCCCCCCCCCCUCCACAUUUGACCCACUCUCACACCUCCAAACCCCCUCUUCUUUCAACCCUCACAUUCCUCAACUCUUUUUGUAAGUACAUGUUUACACAGUGCAAAUGAAUGGUGUCAACUGCAGUGAAAAUUGAACAAACAGUGCAUUUAACAACAUGAGAUUACUAAUGCAUCUCACCAUAGUUGUUUGCUGGCAAGAUAUUGGAUUAUGUUCAUGUUCCAGGUAGCUUUCAGCCACACAAGUGGAGUUUGUCAUGUAGCAAGGACCCUGGCGUUGAGUUUUUCAUGUAGCAGUCACUGUUUUGGGGUGUGCAUUUGGGGAUGAGGCUUUUUUUCACUCCUGUUAGGCUUGACCACAGGUAGCUCAUCUAGUUAGCUCAUAGUAGCUGCUCAUUCCUCAUUUGCUCCCAUACACAGUGUUCUAAUAAUUACAUUUUCCUUUUGUAACUGACCAAAUGCUUUGGACAUUAUUCUCACAUCAGCCAUUCUGAACUCAGUGACGUGUCGAGUAUUAAAUGAGGACUUUCUACAGACCUAGUUACGACAUUAGCUUGCAAUCUCAGGAAAACUGAAUGCUUGAAUUUAGCUUGAAGGUUAGCUAGCUCCCUAGCUAGCUGUCAAGCUUAUUCUUCUGAGUCUCUGAGUUGGGAUUGUGUCAACAAAUAUAUAUAUUAUGGUGAACCAAUGAAGGCCUUGCAAGCAGCGAAUGAGUUUUUAGAAUUAAGUAGAAGUAGAAAAUGUGUAGUUUAAGAUUUUCUGGACUGAUAUGGACAGAGCUAGCUAGAGCUAGCAAAAAAACAGUAACAAUUGCACAUCUACUGCCUCAAUAACUUAAUAAAACAUUUAUUCCUAUACAAUGUAAUAGUACAUACAAUAUCCAUACAUACCACGUCAACUUCAGAGUUUCCCAGAAGGACCUGAAGACAGCACAAUUGUUAGAUUCUGAUGCCAAAUGCCAUAUCAGCAUGAAUUUAAGAAAACCUAUUUUGCAAAGCCCUGUUAUUGAAAAGAAAAAAGACUUUUGGAGGUAAUGCCGGAUUUAUUCUUGACACAUCUGCAAAUGUUGCGAGUGUGACGUGACACCAUCAGACACGCCUCUUCGCGGGGGUCCCCUGCAGCGAGCUUCAGGUUUUAAUACUUACUUGCAUCUUUCAACCUCUUCAGAUCCAUUUGUUUUGUUUCGUGAGCUUGAGCUUGUUUAGCUUCCUCACCCCAAGUACAUUUAUGUACAAUGGCUGCUGUGGGAGUAAUGUCUAUGACGGUAGGAACUUAUUAUCUCAUCUAAGCACAGCACAUGUUUUUAAUGAGCAACAUAACCCUUAACCAAAUCUCUGUGAAGCCAGACAUCCUGAUUGUAUCAGUACAUCAGAUGGUGACAUAGAUCAGUAUCCUGAAUUAUGAAAAGAUGUCGGUCUUCGCAAAUAUUUGGGUAUGUAAAUGAUUUUGAUUGACAGACAAGUAGAGAAACAUUUAUUUCAUGAAACACUUUGGGGUUGACCCUCUGAACAUUGACAUUUAAGAGGUGAGAUGAAUAGAUCGAGGGAUCAUUUGUGAUCAUUUGAGUCUGCUGCUACCUGGAGACAGGAGAGACCCAGUGGAGAGGUAAAGGCAGCCCCUCACUGUUCUCCAUGCAGCUGAAGUUUGUUCUAUUUUAUGUAUUCCUUGUCUGAAUUGGCGGUGGGUAACUUAUAUUAGCUGUGUAAGUCUAGUAGAGAUUGUACAUAAUGAAAAUGUUGUUCUGUUAUGAUUAUAUUUGUAUUUAUAGACAUCUUUUAGUGCUAUGGUGCACAUGUUUUCCUCAGUGGAAGUGGCAGUAGCUUUGUAGGCGCUGCGGCUUCAUGAACAGUUUGUUUGAAUCUGAAUACCUACCAUCAAAAACUUAACUUAAACCCAUCUGAAUGACAUUGAAUAUGAAGCCUUAAACAUCACCACAUGCUAAAGGAGCUUUUUAGGGUUUUCAAAAAAAAGUGUGAUGUAAACUCACAGUAAGCAGGGAAAUGCCCACUAGCAGUCUUUGGCAUCAGAUUACGCAACGCCUGCUUUGUGUUGCAUUGACAUAAUAUUACAAAGACAGUUGCUCCACUGCAUUAGAGUCUAAACAUCUAACUUUUUCAGUUAACAACAUAUCACUGGAAAAAAAUGAGAAUUCACAUCACUUAGCACACUGUAGCUGAUAUAUGAACCACCUCAGCAUCAAUAUCUCCAACACACAAUAAUCAUGUAUAUUGCCAUUACUAUAGGAGACAAGGGUUUAAUACCUACGACGAGGACAUUAGAGAAAAAUGUGGACCAUCAGAAUCAAAUGGUGGAUGGGUCAGAUCAGCUGGGUCUGGUCUCAAAGAAAAAGAAACAGACCACCAUCUGGAAGCUGUGAUGAGCAUAAUAUUCUCACGUGAACACUAACAAUAUAAUGAAGGUCAAGUUUGGUAGUGAAGAGGCUCACUGUACAGCAGAAGAUCAGGGUCGUCCUUUGACUCGUGCAUACUUUUCACGUUGACCUUGGUUUCUUAAUACACAAAAGUAGAUUGAAACCUCUACAAUGUGGCUAAAGCUGGAUAUACACUGUACAAUUUUAGAAAAGUUGUUUCAUUCUAACUCUUAUUGUACAAGUAAAUCAGCUGUGAUGUAAAGCCAAAGCUCACAAUUAUAUUCAUUGGAGGAGUAGGAAACAUCAGAGAGGUGCGUAUGCUGUUGUCACAGCUCGACCAGCCUGGCCUACCGAGUUUCCGUUCACAUGGCGAGUCGUGUCGCCAUGGACGCUCUGUUUGCCACUCUACAUAGGCACAGUGUCAAAAAGGCGCUGACCUUAAGAAAAUAGCUCUGCUUUAAUUCUGCAAGAGCCCAACGACGGCCCACCAAAGUUUCUGACAUGUUAGCACUUGAUCGGUACACUGCUCGACAAAUGAUGCUCGACAAAUCUGAAAUUUGGUUAGACUCCAAAAUUAGUCGUGCGGCUCAAAACUUCGGGUCAGAAAUCAAAUCGUACAGUGAAGGCGACGUUACACUUCAUGCUGGAAUACACUCUAAAACUAUAAUCAGGUAAACAAAUGGAACCAAUAGAGUUUGGCCAGUCCUGUGUUCUUGACCCACCUCUGCAUCUGUUGUGAUCGUUCUGGAUCUUUGGCACAAAACUCACCUGAAAUCAUCCAUUCACCCUGAGACGACCUGAGGUUCAUUUCAGGUCAAAAUAGCCAGACUCAAUCCCUCCGACGCCUCACCUGACCUCACCCCCACUAACACCACUGUAAUACAAUCAGACUCUCACUCAGAAAGCACAAUGUAAGAAUGAGUGAACAUUGUGACUUAAAGAUAUAUUAGAGGUUAUUGAAUAUGAUGAGAGUAUUUAGAGAUAUAUAGUAUUACCGUUUAUUUGGUUAAAUAUGUGUUGAUGAAUCACUCCUUCUUUAUUGCUCUGUACUUUCAAAGGUGCCAUUUUGCCAUCCACCUCAAUGUUGAAUCUAUUUUCUCUACUUUCACACGUAAAUGACAACCAGGCUGUCAUCUGCUGGCACUGUGGAUCCAGCUACACUGGUACUAAUAUUGAUCUAGCACCGCGCUGGGCUGCAUUGAGCAGGGCAGGACUGUGUGGAAUGUGGAAGUGUUGAAUAUUAUUACAUAUGCUGUAACAGAUAUACGUAUUACAGUAGGCUUAUAGAACAGGCAUGCAAAGGCGUUGCUGCUUUAUCUGUGAAAUGUCUUUACUAAUCUCUGUGUCUGUGUUAAAGGCACCCUGUGGAGUUUUCGGCCACUAAUAGCGCUGUGGAGCAAUGUUUUUCUGAGUGGGUCCCACAUUCUGACCGCUGGUUUAACGCUACUGUGCUGAUCAACGUAGCGGUAACAUGCCAAGAAAUGUUGCAAUGCACCAACAAACACAUAGAAGAUGAAGACUGCUGACAAACCUCGAGGUAAACUGAACUAAAAUAUUAAAAAAGAAUUGGCUUUGCAAAUGUUUUAUGAGAAAAGAAAUGCAUUGAAUAUGUUCGACCUGAAGGAUGCACACAAUGGGGCUGCUCUGUUUCUUAGCAUCUGACUAGCUGCAGUUGAGAACGGGUCCAGCUAAACUGGAGCUUGCAAGCGUUUAAAAUGCAGCUACGUGAUGAGCCAGAAGUGAUCUGCAGAUAAAUCAGAUGUAUGAAGACGUUACUUUGAGAUUUUAUCUUUAUUGACAAGGUUAAUAAGAAAAUGUAAUCAGGUAAACAAUAGCAGCACAUACAGAUAUCAAUGGUUUCAGUGGAAAAAGCUUUUUACUGAGUGAUUUAAGUAGAACAUUCAGUUCUAGGAGAAAAGGUGAAAACUAAGGAAGUGAUUUAGAACAUUUGUGAAUAAAAGAAUGUGCAUAUAGAAUACAGAAAUGUAUCACAUAUUCAAGAGUGGCCUCAUCUGGAUUAUAUUAGUAACAAAUAAUAUCUUUAAAGUUAAAGAGUACACAAGUUACCUAAAGAUCUGGAACAUCAUAAUGGUCUGUGUAAAUGUCCGACUUCCAUCAGUAGCUUAAAAAGUCUCAUUUAAGUUUUUUUACAUUUCACUUGGCUAUAUGUUAAAUUAACAAUAAAUUAAAUGACAUGCAGACUUAUUGACAUGAGAUGUCUUGAAUCCUGUGUCUUAAUUAUAACAAACACAUGUUAUCCUACAUUCCAUCUGAUCACCUGGUCCUGCCCUGAUCAUUGGUCUGCAGCACAAACUGCAUCUCUGCACCACUUGGAUUACCCUUAAAGAGCUCACUUUAUUAUUCUUUAAGUGACUUUAAAGGUCGAUAUUUUAACACCUUUUAAUCUGCACCAUGGUUUGUGUGGGGAAAAAUGACAGCUCUGAAUUACUGAUUGUCAAAGUUGCUUGGCUUUAAAUAUUUUCACAUUCAUUGCUGCUUCUAAAACAUCUUAUUCUCACACACACCAGAUCAGAGUAAUACAUACUUCCCCUUUAAUCUCUCUUAGACCACGUCCGCAUUAGGUUUAAGUUAAACCUCAGAUUCUUAGUGAUUUAAAUCUCAGCUUCUGAGGACAAAGUAAAUGGGCUUUACGAGACCACGUGAUUCUGUUCCAGACAACACACCCGUCCUGAACCUUAAACUGCAGCUAGGCUAAUGACAGAGCAACACUGAAUGUUUGUUUACAAGAAACCUCCACAGGGCACCUUUAAUCUUUCACUUAAAAAAAAAAUACUACUUGCACUCCUGUUCCAAAUCUUGUUUGCGUUGAAGAAGGAGCUGCUGUAUUCCGAAUAGAAACAUAAAGCCAUAUUGCAUGGAUUGAUGUUUACAUGUCAGUGACCUACUAUACUGAUAGCCAUAGUUUUACAGUACUCGAGUGCUCAGCUGAAUGCAGCCCACAUGCUCUAACCGAGGGUUUCUUUCCUCUACAUUGUGCCCACCCAGCGUGGUUGGGUUGAGUACAUGAGGUAGAUAGUGAGUGAACUCUCAGAAAUGCCAAUACUGUUUCCUAUUAAUACAUUCCUGAAUGUCCCUCAGACUGUGCAACCUCUUCUUUUCUAUCCCCUACUCCUCAGUGCAACCUGUGCUUCGUCAUACAAUGAAAGAGUUAUGUUAUUGAAAUGUAGUGAAACAGGCCUUGAUUGAAUGUUUCCUGGCAACAUGAAGAGAUGAACCAGCAGAGGACAGACAUCGUGCGGACAUUCGUCCUCCUGUAGGACAGGAAGCGUGUCACCAGGUUUACCUCAUGAUACCAAGCCAAUCAGGAAUUUGCCAAACUGAUCAAUGCAAUAACUCUUUCUUUCUAUGACCGUGUUCUUUUCUAUCCUUCAACUGAGUGCAUGUCAACUGAAUGUCCAGUAACUUCUUUGCUGUAGUAUUAGGCCAUGCUACUCUUCAAUGGGUUUUGUGCAUUUCUUACCUUCUUUCUUUUCUAGUAUUCCUAUGAAGGAGACAGAGACUACAAUCUAUUAUAUAAAAUAUAUGACUAGAAAAAUGGCAUACAAGAAUGAACAUUCACUUUUAUGGCAAUGUUUAAUGAAAUAUUAAUUCUUAAUGUAUGUUUCAGUAAAAACAGCUUUCUCUUAAGUGUAGAGACUUAAUGCAGGGAUGCAAGUAUUAUAUUUGGUCUUUAAAGAAUAUCUUGUUGAAAUGCUAGAUGAUGUAGAUUAUUGAGUGAUGCAAUUCAA